UUUCUUUAGUUUGAAUUUUUGCGGCGGCACAUCUGGACCUCUCGGACUCUCAUACAAAAAUAAACUAGGACACAUUUGUGUUUAAAGAGAUGGACUAUGCAAGACAAAAUGCAAAAUAUAUGGAUAUCCGAGAAAGGAAAAGACUUGACAGGGAAUCCCUUUGGCUACAGGAUCCGUCUCUUCCUAAGGGACCGUCAUCAAAGAAGCCGUGCAGAGAAAGAACCGGUCUCCCAGAUGAGGUUCGAGGGAUGAGACACAACAGAUCUGUCAGGAACAAAAGGCCACUCGCUCAAAGUCAACAGGCAAACCUCACUGCCAGUAGACCAACUGAGAGUAACUGGGGCAACGCUGUGAGACAGAGUUCAACGUCACAGGUUAAAGUGGCUGCAGUGGUCAAAACCGCAGGCAAGACUGAUUCAGAAUCAGCUCCAAAAAAGAGAAGGAAGAUUCACCCUUCUGGUUUCAGAGGAAAAGGUCAGCUGAAACUGAUAGUAACUCCUGGCAAUGGACUGCUCUAUGUACAGAUUUUGGAGGCCAGGGCACUCAUGGGAAGAGAGUACAGACCAUGCGACUCAUAUGUAAAGAUAACCAUUGAUCCAGAUGUCGAUCACAGUAAGCGAUGGAAGACCAGGACCGUUAUAGACUGCAAGGCACCGGUAUUCAACGAGACCUUUGUGUUAGAUCUGGAUGAAGAUGAUGAAAAGAAGAGGCUGGUGGUAACAGCGUGGCAUCGCAGUCGGACUUCCAGGCGCAGUGAUUUCCUGGGCUGUAUGAGUUUUGGUGUCCGCUCUCUCAUCACCUCAUCCAAGGAGAUCAGAGGUUGGUAUUAUCUCCUGGGAGAAGAGCUGGGACGGAGCAAACAUCUGAAGGUGGCCUCACGUCGCAUCAGACAGACAGCCGAAGCCGCUGCGUCCAACUAUGAAGCUGGAGCCGAGAGCACACGUCCAGACAACAUGCAGUCAUUUACGGUGACCAUUUUAAGAGGAAAGGAUGGUUUCGGAUUCACCAUCUGCUCUGACUCACCUGUACGUGUCCAAGCUGUUGAUCCAGAUGGACCAGCCCACCAGGCCGGUUUACAACAGCUUGACACAUUAUUGCAAUUGAAUGGCCAGCCAGUAGAGCAUUGGAAGUGUGUGGACCUGGCCCAUGCCAUCAGGAACUGUCGAAAUGAGAUCACAGUAGUGGUAUGGAGGACAAUGCCCGUUAUGAAACCGUACUAUGAGGGACUCAUCCACAGGCCUUCCUACAAACCCUCCGGUUUCGAAACUGCCUCUUCUACCGUAAAGACCCAAAACAAAACACCGCCGUUGCUCUCUCGACCCACCAAUCACAAAUCGGGUCGCCGUAAGAAAGCAAGUGGGCCUGAGAACACAGGAAAUGGAGUAGGAGAAUCAUUGUGGUCUUGGACUGAAAAACGCGAGAACGACUACAAAACGCGCACACAGACCCUUAAAGGUACCCGAGUGACAUCAUCAAACGGCGACAACUACAUCAUCCUCUCACCUGUCAAUCCUGGAAAUCAGAUAUUGCAGCCUGUGUAUUCUGACUCUAAUGGAACGCUGGGAACUCUUGGAAGGAUCUAUCAGACUCAUCCGAACACAGGGCUGCGGCAGAGCCAGGGAUACCUGCAGGAUGGGGGACUGCAAGGUCAAGCGACUUUAUGUAGAACUAUCAGCGGUAAGACGACUACUAUGCCCCCCUCUUCCUACAGACAGAGCUUUGCCAACUACCAGAACUGCACCAUCGUCCAGUCCCACCUGCCACACUCCAACUACGGCACAUACGUCAGUCUGGCUCCAAAGAUUCUCAUCUUCCCUGUGUUUGUACAACCGUUGGAUCUGUGCAGCCCUGAGAGAAUCCUUAUGUUAUCGGAGGAAAUGACUCUUCACGACAGUAAACACAUUUGUCUUAAGGUAACAGUGUUCAUCUACACUGAUCUGAUGCUGUUGACCAGGGAAGAUGAACCGGGUCGCUGUAAUGUCCUGCAGAGUCCCCUCUACCUCCAUCAGAUACAACUGCAGGAUGUUCCCGCCGACAAACUACGGCUGUACAUCUCCUACUGGAUAGAGAGGACCGAGUGCCUGUUCAGUCUGGAAGCCUUUUCAGCCGAACAGAAGAGGAGAGUCGUCCAAUGUCUGAGAGACAAUAUUGACAAGCAGCUCGCCCUCAGAGACAGAUUAGGCCCUGAUCAGAUGCUGGAACCACAAGCAGCUGAACAGGCUGAUCUGGGGCUACUGGGCUUCGGCACUGCCAGCGUAUCAGAGCCCUGUUCUCCAUCAUGCCCGUCUGCUUCACCCAUUAUGAGAAGAGCCACCUGCAGCUCCACAGCCCAACGACUAUCUUUCCCGGAUCUUCACCGCAGCACUGGAGAUGCCAACCGAACCUCUCCCGCUUCACGCGACAGCUGCAAACCUGCCUACAUGGACACCUCCGAGAUCUGGAAAGAAAGGCGAAAGGAUGUGAAAACCGAGUCAGAGCUAGAAAAGAGGGAGCAGGGAGAAGGCGAAAGCGCUUCGGAGACCAUCAGCGUCGGUGCCAGACCCACGUCUUCCUCGUCCUCUUCGUCUCCGCUGAUCAUUCCCAAGUUGUGCCUCGAUCGCUCCUUCAACGCGGACGCUUCGACCUCACCGUCCACUGACGAUGACGAUGAGGAAGACGAAGAAGAUGAGGAGGAAGCGGACUGCGAUGAAGCUUUCCUGAAGAGGAGGAGUAUGGCGGAAGCCUCCCCGUCCUGUGGCCAGCAGGGCGGCGGGGGGUUGUGCGUGCAGAGGUCCCUCCAUAGGCGCACACACAGCGAGGGCAGUUUGCUCCAAGAGCCACGUUCGCCACGCUUCAUCUCCGAUCAGGCCAUCGACUGCAUCGAGGCCAAACGAGAACCUCAGGAGCGCUGGGCUGUUCCCUCCCCGCAGACUCUGAGGAAAGAGCUGACAAAGAACGGAGGGUCUGUCCACCAGAUAUGUCUGCUUUUCACUGGAAAGAGGGUUUGUGGGAAGCCAAACUGUAAAUGUGACACGGGAAAAAAUGGUCAGAAAAAGAAGAAAUCCAAGAACCUGGCCAAAGACAUGAAGAAUCGACUGACUUUCCUGCGGAAGAAGACCAACGACAGACAUGGAGGCAAUUCAGCCAGCAAGCUUGAGAAGGUCCUCAAGUCAGAGAAACCGACUCCAGAGGAAGUUCUCAAAUGGGCAGAUUCACUCGACGCACUGCUGUCGAACAAAUAUGGCCUGGCGGUUUUCCGUUGUUUCCUGCAAACAGAGUUUAGUGAAGAGAAUCUGGAUUUCUGGCUGGCGUGUGAGGACUUCAGGAAAAUCAAAUCGCUGUCCAAAAUGGCAUCUAAAGCAAAGAAGAUAUUUACAGAGUACAUUUCUAUACAGUCUUGUAAAGAGGUAAAUCUGGACUCGUACACCCGAGAGCACAUCAAGGAGAACAUGGAGAACAUCUGUUCAGACUGCUUUGACCUGGCACAGAGCAGAAUCUUUGGACUAAUGGAAAGAGACUCGUACCCUCGAUUCCUCCGCUCCGACAUUUACAUGGAACUAACCAAUCAAAAGAGACCCAGUUCAACCACAGAUUUCUCAUAAAGCUAUGAAAACCAUCCGUAGACCUGUAAACGCUCAGAUGUGGUCAUAACACAGUUGAGUAUAAAUCAAAUGGAUUGGGUGCAUCUACAAUCCCACCACGUCGAGCACAGUGAAGAGCUCAGUCUGAAGGGAUCAUUUACUGCGUGGACAAAUUGUUUUUGAACGAUUCAGUGGUGCACCCUGCUGGAUGGUUGUGGGAAUAAGAUGGUGAUGUAAGUGUUUGGAUCGUGCCCGAGCGCCUGGAAACCUGAAUCUUCGGUCAUCGUCUUGUUCGUAGAGGGUGCGGAGCGUGUUAGGUGUCGCCGCAAUUUGGUACUGUUUUGUUUAGCUUUACCAAGACCUCAGUGUACACCAGAAAACACACAGUAUUAAAUUGUAUUUUGAGAUAAUGCUGAAAAUAAGUAUUAAUGUCCUUUUAACUGGAAGGCGGUCGAAACAAUGCAUACAGUAUAAGAGAUAACAGUCUGUUUUGUUUUAUCUUAAAAAGAGACAUUAGCAGUUCUGCAUAGAAAUAAGAAUAACCUUUAAGCUAGGACUUUAAACAAACCAUUGUUUUUAUAGACCUUUAAUAUUAAUCUGGAAAAAACUUUUUUUUUCUAUAAAAGAUAAACUGGUAACAUUUCGUAAUUUUUUUUUAUAGUGAGCCCCUUGACUCUAACCCCUUCACGUUUCAUAUGUGCAAUAUGUAGUUUGAAGAACUUAUUCAAGGAUACAGAAUUCACAUUUACAUAUAUAUAUAUAUAUAUAUAUAUAU